AUGCUCGCCAAGUUCUUCGUUCCGGCUCUCCUCUCUGCGAUGGCUGUCGCUGCCCCGACAUCCGUUGAGGAGAGGGACAUUGAGGCCCGCAGCCUCGACAUCAAUGCCUUCCUCGCCAAGAUUGUCAGCAUCUUCCCUGUCAAUGUCGCUGUCAAGGACAUCUGCGGUGCCCUGGGUGAAGGCGAGAAGCUGCUCGCUGAUUACUUUGAUCUUUCCAUCAACCAGGACCGCCAGGGCUGCUCCGACGUUAGCCUCAUCUUUGCCAGAGGCACGUGUGAUCCAGGAAACGUUGGUGCUCUUGUUGGCCCGCCUGUCUUCCAGGCCGUUCAAGCUGCGCUUGGAUCGAAGAGCCUUAGCGUCCAGGGCGUACCAUAUCCCGCUAGCGUCGAUGGUUACCUGAACGCUGAUUCCGCUGCUGGACAAACUAUGGCCAACCUUGUCAAGAGCACACUCGCUGCAUGCCCCAAGACUAAGAUUGUUCUAUCGGGUUACUCGCAGGGUGGCUACGCCGUCCACAACGCCGCUAACGACCUCGGAUCGGACAUGGGCAAGGUCAGCGCUGUUGUUGUCUUUGGUGAUCCCAUGUCCCACACAGCUGUCAGCAACAUUGAUCAGAACAAGGUUAAGAUCAUCUGCCACGAUGGCGAUGAUAUUUGCAACCAGGGCUUCCUCAUCCUUCCUCAGCACAUUACAUACGCCAUUGACGCUGGCACGGCUGCUUCCUUCAUUGCGUCCCACGUCUAG